AUGACGUCAUCAAGUUCACAGAUGACGUCAAGCUCUGGUUCCAUUUCUAUAUCAAGUGUUCAGCCGUCGCCGUCAUCAAGUCCACAACCAACAAGCGUGGACCAGAUCUCGUCCAGCAUGUCAUCAAGUAUGCUGCUUUCUGACACAUCCUCCCAUACACAGACGCCAACUCUGUCCACUAGUGUUAAUGUACAAGGAGCUGGCACAUCAACCGUAGCACCGUCUUCUGCAUCAGUGACGUCAUCAAGUGAUUCCAUGGUAACAGCUACUACCCUUCUGCCUAUCUUCCCAUCACUGGAGUUAUCUACCCUUUUCACAACUUCCACAGAGUUAUCUCCACUUGUUUCCUCCUCAGCUGCUAUCUUUACUGAAGGACCGGCGUCCAAUGACGAUGAACUCGAUAAAACGUUGUCCACGUCAUCUCCUAUGACAAACCAGACUAUUUCUAGUUUGUUGCUGGAAAAGGAAUCAUCAAAUGAAACAAAGAAAUCAGUGAUCAGUGAAAAUUUUUCGAGUACUGAUUCUUUAAGAAGCAGUAUUUCUGUUUCAAUGAUGCAUCAAACGGUACCAAGAUCACCCUCUGUUGGUCUUACAACACAUGCUUCGAAUCAACACCUUUAUUCUGGUUCUGAUAUUAAUCUGAAAGAGACAAGUUUCACAUUUUUCUCUUCAACUCCAAUACUAAGUAUAUAUGAUGCCACUACUCAGGUUUCUACCUCACACCCUGUUGCCUUGACUUCUAUUUCUGAAAUAAAUCAGAGCAUGACAUUAGAACAAAAUCGGCAUUCAACAUCUGUGGAAAAGAGUGCAACAACAGCUGUCACUGUAACAAGCGAGAUGGUGACUGCCACUGAAGCAAGCGAGAUGGUGACUGCCACUGUAGCAAGCGAGAUGGUGACUGCCACUGAAGCAAGCGAGAUGGUGACUGCCACUGCAGCAAGUGAGAUGGUGACUGCCACUGAAGCAAGCGAGAUGGUGACUGCCACUGCAGCAAGUGAGAUGGUGACUGCCACUGAAGCAAGCGAGAUGGUGACUGCCACUGAAGCAAGCGAGAUGGUGACUGCCACUGCAGCAAGCGAGAUGGUGACUGCCACUGCAGCAAGCGAGAUGGUGACUGCCACUGCAGCUAGCGAGAUGGUGACUGCCACUGAAUAUAGUGAGAUGUCGACUGCCACUGAAUCUAGUAAGGUGUCGACUGCCACUGAAUCUAGCGAGAUGGUGACUGCCACUGAAUCUAGUGAGAUGGUGACUGCCACUGAAGCCAGCGAGAUGUCGACUGCCACUGAAGCCAGCGAGAUGGUGACUGCCACUGAAGCCAGCGAGAUGUCGACUGCCACUACAGCCAGCGAGAUGGUGACUGCCACUGAAGCCAGCGAGAUGGUGACUGCCACUGAAGCCAGCGAGAUGGUGACUGCCACUGAAGCAAGCGAGAUGGUGACUGCCACUGAAGCCAGCGAGAUGGUGACUGCCACUGAAGCCAGCGAGAUGGUGACUGCCACUACAGCCAGCGAGAUGAUGACUGCCACUGAAGCAAGCGAGAUGUCGACUAGCAGUGAAGCCAGAGAAAUAGCUUUGCAUCCAAGUUCUUCUUUUUCUGUCUUAACUGACCAGUCAAUAGCUUCCAGUUCACAGAUGACGUCAACAAAAAUACCAACAAUAUUACCGAGCAAACAGUUUGCUAGUAUCGGUUUAGGGCCACUACCUACCAGCAACAACCAGUUUGAAACAUCCAGUGCUACAUCCAUGAAUACCAUGUCUAACUCAGUCCUUGUAUCAACUUCAACCUUUGAUUCAAUUACUUCAACAACUUCUGAAACAAUUGCCACUGAACCAUUGGAUUUAGUCUCCAGAUCAGCAUCCAAACUGGUUGCUUCAGCUGCUACUAUAGCAACUGCAUUCAGUUCUAGUGUAACCCUUUCAGCUUCUCCGGGAACUAUUGCUGCUCCAAGUCUUACUCCUUUGUCAAUAUAUUCAGACAUUUUUACAGAUGAUAGUCCAUCACUGUCGCUAAAUACUUUCUCUCUGAGUAGUUCAACCUUAAUUUCCAUCACUCCUUCGCCGGCAGUACUGACAUCCUCUACAGUUUCUACAUCUGCUAUGUCAGCGCCACCUGUCAAUAUAUCUAGUUUCGUCAUGCCAUCUGCCAGUGCAGACCAUACUGACACCAAGGUAGAAACUUUAUUACCUUCACUGUAUACACACAACACUUUUAGUGCAGUUCAUGUACCUAGUUCUGAGAUCCAGAAAUCUGGAUCAGCGCAAAAAUCUGUUGUUUCUACUGAAGAAUCGCAGAGGUCGUAUGUUGGAACAAGUGUGGUAUUGCGAGGAUCUUUAGUUACUUUAAGUGAAGAGUCUCAAGAACAUUCUAUUGUUUUAACACCUAGUCAUAUUAUGAUGUCUCUGACAACUCCUGAGGAUAAGACUUUCUCCGGUGAUGAAACUGGUUCAUCUCUCCCGUCCUCAGAACUUAACACAUAUAGUACAAGAGCUUCAUCUGAUACUGGGAUGGAAUCCUUAUCGUCUCGACUAACAAUGUCUGAAACGUUGGAAAAGAUUUCGUCCUCACCAAGUAGGUUCGUAUCCAGUAGCGGUACAAAUACUCCAGCUAUUUCAGUCUCUUAUUUAUCACCUGUCAGCAGCACUAAUUCAACAGAAACGACCCCAUUAGUAGGACAAACCUUAAACCUACAAGAUAGAAGUGUCGUCACAACACCGUCCUCCGUGAUUGUUUCUGCACAUGAGAUGCCAUCGUCUGGUGAAUCUGACACUGUCACAGAGAUCUUCUCAUCUUCCUUAAUGUCAGAAACAGUUAGUGGUGGUCAGACCUCGUACAAUACUGCACCUGUAUCCUCUCUAUCUAGUCUAACUACACUUUACACUGCCAAUGAUGUCAACCUUGUAUCAAGCAGCUCAGUUGUGAGGUCCUUCAAUACUGACAUCAAACCUUCAUCAACUGGACCAAGCAUUUCUGUUAAAUCUGAAACAACUAGUGUUGAUACGUCGUAUGUAGAUAUGUCUCGUGGAACUGAAAUGACUUCUUUUGUGUCUGCAAAUGAUUUAAGAAACUCGUUGCAAUCCGUAUAUGAUGCUUCAAGUGAAGUGUUAUCUUCUUAUGAUAAACUUGAAGCAUCAGAUGGAAUCAGACUCGAGUCAUUGCCAUUAGGUAAAGUUCUAAGUACGCCAUCCAUUCACGAGUCCAUAGAUUACGUAUCUUAUAGUGAAGAUUUAGAAUCAACGAAGGAUACUGUGUUUUCUACUGGUGUAGUCACUACACACGUCAUGUCCACGAUGAUUUCUUCCCAUUCUAUCAAACCAUCUAGUACACAAAAAACACCACUACAGCAAGACACAUCGUCAGUUAGUGUACAGGAGGAUAGCAAAAUAACGACUACAAUUCAGGGUGACGUAAUAGAUGAUGCGUCAUCUGAUGCUACAGCGCGUUACAUUGAAGUUAUAUCAUCUGUACCACAUGACAUUGCUAGUAGUCUUUUACCGGAUGUAACCUCAACAAGUAUGUUGCCUUCCCUGUCUGUUUGGUCUGGCAUGGUUGUCUCUACCUCUGAUGUAACACCUGUGUACAGCAUGUCUCACACUCUUAAACAACUUUCUGUUUCCUCGCCAGAGAAUACUUUCCUAGCUUCCUCACCUUACCAUAACAUUCCACCAGCAAGUCUUGUCUUGUCUACAAGUUUUAAAACAGAAACUCAAACACUGACAACAGUAAUAAUGACCUCAGCACCAAGGACACCACCACCAACAACCCAAGCUGCCACGACACAGGCACCAACAACUCAAGCUGCCACAACACCGGUAACAACAACCCAAGCUGCCACGACACAGGCACCCACAACCCAAGCUGCCACGACAUCGGUACCAACAACCCAAGCUGCCACGACACAGGCACCAACAACUCAAGCUGCCACAACACCUGUAACAACAACCCAAGCUGCCACGACACAGGCACCCACAACCCAAGCUGCCACGACACCGGUACCAACAACCCAAGCUGCCACGACACAGCCACCAACAACCCAAACUGCCGCGACACCGGUACCAACGACCCAAGCUGCCACGACACAGGCACCAACAACCCAAGCUGCCACAACUCCGGUACCAACAACCCAAGCUGCCACGACACAGGCACCCACAACCCAAGCUGCCACGACACAGGUACCCACAACCCAAGCUGCCACGACACAGGCACCCACAACCCAAGCUGCCACGACACCGGUACCAACAACCCAAGCUGCCACAACACCGGUACCAACAACCCAAGCUGCCACAACACAGGCACCCACAACCCAAGCUGCCACGACACAGGCACCCACAACCCAAGCUGCCACGACACAGGCACCCACAACCCAAACUUCCACUACACAGGCACCCACAACCCAAGCUGCCAUGACACCGGUACCAGCAACAAAAUCUCCAACAACUCAAUUAGCCACAACCCAAGAUGCCACAACACAAGCACCAACAACCCAAGUUGGCUCGACGCAGGCACCAACAUCCCAAGCUGCCACAACACCGGUCCCAACAACCCAAGCUGCCACGACACAGGCAUCAACAACCCAAGCUGCCACGACACAGGCACCAACAACCAAAGCUGCCAUGACACCAGUACCAAAAACCCAAGCUGCCACGACACAGGCACAAACAACCAAAGCUGCCACAACACCGGUACCAACAACCCAAGCUGCCACGACACAGGCACAAACAACCCAAGUUGCCACUACACAGGCACCCACAACCCAGGCUGUCAUCACACAGGCACCAACAACCCAAAAUGCCAUGACACAGGCACCAACAACCCAAGCUGCCACAGGCACCAACAACCCAAGCUGCCACAGCCCAAGCUGCCACUACACAGGCACAAACAACCCAUGCUCCAGCAACUAA